AUGAACGAAGAAAAAAAUAUCUAUCCCGCUUCCUACCUAGACCGCCUUAAUAACCUGAUUACUAACCAGUUUAAUCACCUUUGCCCUAUCAAAAAAGAUUUUCGCUUAACUUUGUCCGGAAUAUCUCGUUUGGUUAUGCUGGACCGCUACUCUCAAAAAGAUAAAGAACGAAAAACUUUACAAAUAGGAGAUAUAGUUCUGACUGUCAUUAAACCGGACCCAAAAUUCCCCAGCCGAGAAAUUGAAGAAGAAUUUGCCGCUAAUAUUGACCCUGAUUUGCUCUAUCAAGAACAUCCGCGACAAAUAAUCAAGCCCGAUUUUGCUGUAGAAAAACCCCUGGAACUAUACUACGAGCAGAUUGCCUGA